GAUCUCUCCGCCCAAUCUUCUUUUCAAAUACAAGUUUUCUCAACUCAAUAAAACACAGAUUCGCCCCCUAUCACAUCUUUCCGGAUCUUCACUUUCUAAUCACGACAUUAUUGAUUUAUAAUGAGCACGGGAGAGCUUCUCAGCAUCGAGCCUCUUGAGCUCAAGUUUCCUUUUGAGCUUAAGAAGCAGAUCUCUUGUUCACUUCAAUUGUCCAAUAAAACCGAUAAUUAUGUUGCUUUCAAGGUGAAAACAACAAAUCCGAAGAAGUAUUGUGUGCGUCCAAAUACCGGGAUCGUCCUGCCUCGGUCAACAUGUGAUAUUAUUGUUACUAUGCAAGCCCAAAAAGAGGCACCUACUGACAUGCAAUGCAAGGAUAAGUUCCUUCUUCAGAGUGUAAAAACAAAUGAUGGUGCAACAGCUAAGGAUAUUAAUGCGGAAAUGUUCAAUAAGGAGGCAGGGCAUGUGGUUGAAGAGUGCAAAUUGAGAGUGGUUUAUGUUUCUCCGCCUCAGCCACCAUCCCCUGUUCCUGAAGGAUCAGAAGAAGGUUCUUCGCCAAGGGGUUCUGGAUCGGACAAUGGACAUGUGAAUGGAUCUGAGUUUGUUAAUGCUACCAAAGCAUUUAGUGAGCGGCUUGAAACUCAUGAUAGAACUGUAGAGGCAAGAGCUCUUAUUUCAAAACUGACCGAGGAAAAAAAUAAUGCAAUUCAACAAAAUAACAAGCUUCGUCAGGAACUGGAACUGCUGAGGCGUGCAGGCAACAAAAACCGUGUUGGUGUGUCAUUCGUGUUUGUUAUCUGCGUUGGUUUGCUUGGCAUAAUUUUGGGGUACAUCAUGAAGAGAUCAUAAUCAUAAUCAUCUGUCCACUAUAGAGUUUUGCCAAUAUUUACCUCUAGAUUCCCGUUUGUCCCUAAUCAAAAAAGACGAUGAAAGGGAAGAAAAGAAAAAACUAAUGAGCAGACUGGUGUUUUUGCCAGUUGUUAACUUUGUUGAAUUACGGAACUUGUUUAGGCGGGGUUGCUGAAAAUUUAGUGUAUUGUGCGGUGAGUCAUGCUUUUGUUAACAUGCAUUCUUUUGUAACUUAAAAAGAAGAUUUAUCAUUUGUGGUUGAGCCCAAAGGAUUCCGAUAAUUGAAAUACCAGUGACUUAAUAAAUCAACAGCUUGUUUUGCUGUGCAAUUAUUUAUCA